AUGCGAGAAUCGCUUUUCGAAAUGGAUAGCGAAGAAGAGAACGAAUUGAAAGCGAUGAAGAGAGGUUUCCAGGAUUCGAAUGAUAUGCGACUGUUUCUGUUCCGAAAUUCGGAAUCAUUGACAAAUAUUUGUGAUCAUUGGAUGGCAAAAUCGUUCGUGAAUGGAAAAUAUGAAAGAUAUGACUUGAAUCAGCCGCUGGAAUUACCGCAUCGUAACUCGAUGAGCGCAUUCAAAAACGAUCCUCCACUCACUGUGAUUGGCUCGAAGAUGUGCGAAAUGAUCAGCGAAGCGCUGCAAGCAAAAGCGAUCGAAUUCGAUGCCGUUUACUGCAGUCCAUCGUUACGAUGCAUCCAAACGGCGCAUAAACUGACGAAUGCGCAAAAGAAAAAAGUUCUUUUGAGAAUCGAGCCGAUGCUUUACAGUUUUUGUGAGAUACAUCGCUUAUAUAAUGAGGGACCUGAGGGAGUGCCACAGUUUAUGGACAAAAAUGAGUUGAGUAAAAAUGAAAUUCAAAUCGACAAAAACUAUCAGCCAUUUUUCAAAAUGAGCGACUUGAUUAAAUUACGAUCAAAGAAUUGCUUACAAUUUCAAGAACAUUCUCAUCAGGCUAUUCAACAUAUCGCAAAGGCAGCACCAUCUAACGCCAACAUACUGGUUGUUACACAUGCGUGCAAUAUUCAUGCGAUAGCUCGUGCGCUUAAAUUCGAAUCUGGUGAUAAGGUGACCACAUUGGAAAUGCAUAAAGCUCGUCAGUUCUAUCCGUACUGUUCAUUGGUAUGCAUGAAACCGUGCAUGAAGCACUCGUGGACACAACUUGCGAAUGUGAUCCCCGCUCUGAGUUGUGCUGACUUCACCACCCGUUUCAAUCAUCACUUCCUGUCUCCGAAAUAA